GAGUCGGCCCUCGGCCAGAACAAUGGUGGCGCAAACAACGUGUCGCCACUGCUUGCCUUCGAACACCCGACAUGCGCGUGUCCCGUACCCUUUUGUCAGCCCGCUUGGGGGCGGCGGGCCUCGGGUCAGAGGCAGCUGAUCGGGAGCGCUGCCAAUGCGCGACACCCCCGUGUCGGAGGGGUGCCCUGGGCCCAUAGCGCGUAUAAAGACUACACGAGGAGGUAGCCGAGGUGCGUUAUCCGACCAUGGUCGCAAAACAGCAGACGAGACGGCGUGAUACUCGCUCUAUGGCUCACCCUCCGAGGGAGCAGUGCCUCUUCAUCGCAGAGUUGGCGGGCGAGGCGGAACGAUUCGACGAUGUCGUCACGCAGAUUAAGACUAUUAUCAUGAACAUUGACCAACGGUUGGCCAUCGAGGAGCGAAAUCUGCUAUCCGUGGCGUACAAGAAUAUUACCAAUAACCUUCGGGCCAGCUGGCGCAUUGUCGACACGCUCGAGAAGGUGCAGGCGGCCCGCUCGAAGAACGCGGCGUCCAGGCAGCUCCAGCUUAUCCGCCACCAACGAGAGACCAUCGAGAAAGAGCUCACGAACGUCUGCAAGGACAUCGUAGAGCUGCUUGACAAGCAACUCCUCCCUCACGCCCAGCCGGGCGAGGAACAGGUGUUCUACUCGAAGAUGAAGGGCGACUACUACCGAUACUUGGCCGAAUUCGCGCAGAAGCAUGAACGCGAGAAGUUCGGUGACUACUCCUUGAACGCGUACAAGAUUGCGUACCAGCGCGCAGUGACGACUUUGGAUCCCAUACAUCCAACACGACUCGGUCUCGCCCUCAACUUCUCCGUGUUCUACCACGAUGUUCGCAAGAGCCCGGAACGCGCUUGCUUCGUGGCCAAGAGCGCGUUCGACGACGCCAUCUCCGUACUCGAGGGCACCGACCCCUCGCAAAGUACGGCCUUCCGCGACUCCCUCAUGAUCCUCCAGCUCCUCAAGGACGACCUACUACUGUGGGCAGACGAAAUGAAAGAGGCGGAUUGACGAAGGGAUCGGAUCGAGGAAGGAUGCACAUCGAGGAAGAGAAGGAACGAGGAGCUCUAUGCAAUAAGU